UUUAAAUUGUAAACAUGGAUUAAAUUGCAGAUGGGUUUUAGAUUGUGUUAGAUGGUGGAUAAGUUGGGUAUGCUGUCCAACCGAAAGAAGAUUGUCCACAUUUUUAGCAAUAAGAUCUUCAUGAAUUGUAAAAUACAUUAUCAUAUAAUUUAGGAUGAAGUUUACUGAAUAACAUAGAAAUACUUUAUUUUCAUAGCCAUGUGUUUAAUGUGGAGAUGCUUCUGAGAAUUGGACAUGCAUGCAUUGCAGAGAGAUUCAUUGUUCUCGAUUUGUAAAUUGUAAUUUAUAAGUUAAUAAUUAUAGCUCACAUGGUCGAACAUAAUAAAAAGAGUGGACAUCAAAUAGUUUUGUCGUUAACAGAUUUAUCUUUAUGGUGUUAUGAGUGUUCCUCCUAUAUUACUAAUUAUUUGAUUUCCAAAGCAAGCAAAUUAUUGUCAUCAAUCAAAUUCAAUAAUCAAGAAGACAAAAAGGAUGAGACUUAAGAAAUUAAGCAAUUAAUUGAAUAAAUUUCUAAUCUUAAAGUCACAAACGAGGAUGAGUUCACAUAUGCAAAAUUAGUUGACGGGUUGAAAAAUAAGAAAUUUUAAAAAGUCUGUAUAUUGGCUGGAGCUGGAAUGAGUGUAGCUGCUGGAAUUCCAGAUUUCAGAACUCCUGGAACAGGGUUAUAUUCAUAGAUAUAAAAGUAUAACCUGCCCAGUCCAGAAAGCGUGUUUGAAAUUGAAUAUUUUAAGAAAAAUCCUGAAGCCUUCUAUUGUGUAGCAAGGGAAUUCUUACUUACUUUUGAUGCUAAGCCAACUAUAGCUCAUAAAUUCUUGAAAUUUUUGGAUUCAAGAGGACAAUUGCUCAAAUGUUUUACUUAGAAUAUUGAUGGCUUAGAAUUAGAUGCUGGAGUCUCACAAGAUAAAGUCAUCUAAGCACAUGGUCAUAUGAGAACGGCUCGAUGCAUUGAGUGCUAAGAGGAAGUCUCAAUUAAGGAUUUCAUGAGCCACAUUAAAAAGGGGGAGAUCCAUAGAUGCGAGAAAUGUCCAAAGAAGGGAUUAGUGAAGCCUGAUGUGGUAUUUUUCGGAGAAGGUCUACCAGGGGAAUUCUUUUAUAGUUGGAAUUGUUUAAAGGAUGCUGACCUGUUGAUUGUGAUAGGAACUAGUCUUAAAGUGAUGCCUUUUGCAGCCAGCGUAGCCAAAGUUGGUCCAACCACACCCAUAAUACUGAUAAAUAGGGAGAAUGUUUUAAAUGGUAGAAAGAAUCUCUUACAUCUUGAUGGGGAUAUUGAGGAAAACUGUAAGAAAAUCUUGUAGGAUACAAAUUGAUAUAAAUUAAUAGAAAAUGAUAAAAUAAAUAGCAC